AUGAAGGGAGGGCAGGAAGGGACUGAAGGAGGGUGAGAGGGAGGGAGAACGGGGGGAUAGAGGAAGAUUGGUGCAUCUCUUUCUUGUUAUUUCAUUCUGCCUCAGCCCUCUCUACUCCCCAUGGACCUAUAUACAACAACCCCUGAUGCAUCCUGGUAAUUGAAGUCAUGGAACAGUGAUGACUUGUAGUUCACAGACCGGGGAAGUACCGUAGUUUAAGUAGCACGGCCAUCAACAGGAAGUACCGUAGUUUAAGUAGCACGGCCAUCAACAGGAAGUACCGUAGUUUAAGUAGCACGGCCCAUCAACAGGAAGUACCGUCGUUUAAGUAGCAAGGCCAUCAACAGGAAGUACCGUAGUUUAAGUAGCACGGCCAUCAACAGGAAGUACCGUAGUUUAAGUAGCACGGCCAUCAACAGGAAGUACCGUAGUUUAGGUAGCACGGCCAUCAACAGGAAGUACCGUAGUUUAAGUAGCACGGCCAUCAACAGGAAGUACCGUAGUUUAAGUAGCACAGCCAUCAACAGGAAGUACCGUAGUUUAAGUAGCACGGCCAUCAACAGGAAGUACCGUAGUUUAAGUAGCACGGCCAUCAACAGGAAGUACCGUAGUUUAAGUAGCACGGCCAUCAACAGGAAGUACUGUAGUUUAAGUAGCACGGCCAUCAACAGGAAGUACCGUAGUUUAAGUAGCACGGCCAUCAACAGGAAUUGACAAUGGGCUUAUGAGUGAGGGAUGGAAAAUAUAGCAGAAAUGUCUUUACUGUGGUAUGUUUAUACUCUAUCAGCGGUGUGUGUGUGACUGUGUGUGUGUGACUGUGUGACUGUGUGUGUGUGCGUCUGAGUGCGUCUGUGUGCGUGUGUCUGUGUGUUUGUGACUGUGUGUGUGUCUGUCUGUGUGUGCAUGUGUGUGUGUGUGUGUGUGUGUGUGUGUGUGUGUGUGUGUGUGUGUGUGUCCAUCAGGAGCUAGAUUACAGGUCUGUGUUGCCAGACAGUGUGUGGGAUAGACUGUAUGGAGCCCGCCUGCUCUGCUCUCCCUGUUACUGUAGUCGCACAGAGAUGAUGUCACAGCACGUGGUAUGAUUAAGAUGCACUACACAGAUACAGUAUAUUGAAACAUACUGAAAGCACAUUGAAUACACAAACACAGUACGUAACAACACACACACACACACACACACGCACAGCUACACACACACACACACACACACACACACACACACACACACACACACACACACACACACACACACACACACACACACACACACACAUUGUACAUCCAUUUCCUCUCUUCUUAUUUCUAGUUAAUGCAUGGAAAAGAUCAGGUUUAGCAGCGUUCAUGUAACCGGAGCGAAAUUCUAUAAUUAUGAAGGUCAAUGUUUUGAUUUUAAACGUAACUAAAUAACUUUUACUCUAGCUACUUUUUCCUUUUACUUGAGUAGUUUUACUUCUCCUGAAUAAAAUGUCAUUAAAGUAACAGAACUUCUACUAAGUCAAAUAUCAUUAAAGUAACAGUACUUCUACUAAGUAAAAUACCAUUAAAGUAACAGUAUUUAUACUGAAUAAAAUGUCAUUAAAGUAACAGUACUUCUACUAAGUAAAAUAUCAUUAAAGUAACAGUACUUCUACUAAGUAAAAUAUCAUUAAAGUAACAGUAUUUAUACUGAAUAAAAUGUCAUUAAAGUAACAGUACUUCUACUGAAUAAAAUGUCAUUAAAGUAACAGAACUUCUACUGAGUAAAAUGUCAUUAAAGUAACAGUAUUUCUACUGAAUAAAAUAUCAUUAAAGUAACAGUACUUCUACUGAAUAAAAUGUCAUUAAAGUAACAGUAUUUCUACUGAAUAAAAUAUCAUUAAAGUAACAGUACUUCUACUGAAUAAAAUGUCAUUAAAGUAACAGUAUUUCUACUGAAUAAAAUGUCAUUAAAGUAACAGUACUUCUACUAAGUAAAAUGUCAUUAAAGUAACAGUAUUUCUUCUGAAUAAAAUAUAAUUAAAGUAACAGUACUUCUACUGAAUAAAAUGGCAUUAAAGUAACAGUACUUCUACUGCGUAAAAUUUAAUUAAAGUAACAGUUCUUCUACUAAGUAAAAUAUCAUUAAAGUAACAGUAUUUCUACUGAAUAAAAUGUCAUUAAAGUAACAGUACUUCUACUAAGUAAAAUGUAAUUAAAGUAACAGUACUUCUACUAAGUAAAAUAUCAUUAAUGUAACAGAACUUCUACUGAGUAAAAUGUCAUUAAAGUAACAGUACUUCUACUUGAAUAGAUAUUUCAGUACUCUUUCCACCCCUGUGCGCUAUAUAGGGAAUAGGGUGCUAUUUGGGAUGCAGGGUCUGUGUUGUAGGUUUGGUCCAAGGUUGGCUCUGAUUGGGGCGAAUGUGUUUUUGUACAGGAUUAAUUUGAUUUACUCUGAACACUAUAAUGUUGUCAAGAACUAUAAACUCUAUGAAUCAUCUUACAUAAUUGUUAGCUGGUUAUUUAUCAACAGAAUUAUGACUGUUUCUACGAUUGGACAAACAUUUAUAGUCUGGAUAAACAGGGAAAGUGCAGUAGAAGAGUUUUUGCAAUUUAAUUGUGCUUUCUUGAGUGUGUGUGCGUGUGUGUGUGUGUGUGUGUGUGUGUGUGUGUGUGUGUGCGUGUGUGUGCGUGUGUGUGUGUGUGUGUGUUUGUGUGUGUGUGUGUGUGUGUGUGUGUGUGAGAGUGUGUGAAAGAAAGAGAGAGAGAGCGAGAGGGAGAAUAUAUUUCUAUAUACUGUAUAUAUAUUUUUUUAUUUUUUAUUAUUAUUAUUACAGCUGCUAGUGAAAGUCUACACACCCCUUGCAGAGUCUUCACAUUCUGCUGCCUUAACAUUUAACUGCAUUGUUAGGAGCUAGUAACAUAAGCAUUCCGCUGCACCCGCUAACACAUCUGUUAAACUGUGUACACAACCAAUAAAAUUAAAUCUAAAAAAGGGAUUGUGAUUUUUCUUCCUAUCUACUCCACUUUUUUACAGUGAGAGAAACAUUUUAGAUUUUUCUUCAAAUUACUAAAAGAAAUAGAAAAUGAGGAUGUAUGUCUUUACAACCCAGAGUUAAUACUUGGUGGAAGCACCUUAGGCAGCCAUUACAGCUGUGAAUCAUUUUGAAUGAGAUUCUACCAACAUUGCACAACUCUUAGGGCAACGUCCAUUGUUUUUGUCAAAAUUGCUCAAGCUCGGUACCUUUGGUUGAGAAUCAGUGAUGGACAGCAAUAUUCAAAUCUUCUCUCAGAUUUUUUUUAAGCAGAUUUAAGUCAGGACGGAGACUGGACCAUUCGAGAAACACUCAACACCACUUGGAAAGUCAUUCUGGUGUAUCUUUGGAAUUCAAAUGUGUGUAUUGUCCCACUGAAACAUAAAACUCUAUCCCAGGGUUUUUAGAAGACUGAGGCAGGUUUUCUGCUAACGUUUUCCCUGGGCUUUGAUCCUUUCAUAUUUAUUUUGAUCCUGAAAAGUUCCUCAGUCCCUGCCGGUAUCAAGCCUACCCAUAACAUGAUUCUACCACCACAAUACUUGAACACACAAAGGGAUCAACAACAUUGCAUUCACUCCACAUUACUGGCCUGUAUGACAAAGUGAAAAGAAGGAAGCCUGUGUUAAAAAAUAUAGUCCAAAUCAUCCAUUCUGUUUGGAACAAAGCUGUUAGCUAACACUGCAAGACAACACAGCAAAUCCAAUAUAAAACAACACAGAGUAUUGUAUUUCAUGUUUUGUGGUGGCAACAUCAGGUUAUGGGUAUGCUUGUCAUCGACAGGGACUGGGUAGUUUGUCAGGAUCAAAUAAAUAUGAAAGGAGCAAAGCCCAGGUAAAACAUUAAAGGAAAACCCGCCUGAGUCUUCUGAAAACCUAACCCUGGGAUAGAGUUGUAUUUUUCAGCGAGACAAUAACAUAAAUGUUUAUGCCAUAGACACACCAUAAUAGCUUUCCAAAUGUUGUUGAGUGCUCAAGCAUUGUAGUGGCAGCAUCGUGUUAUGGGUAUGCUUGUCACUGACAAGGACUGGGGAGUUUGUUAGGAUCAAAGCCCAGGUAAAAAGUUACAGGAAAUACACGCUUCAGUCUUCUGAAAACCUAACACUGGGAUAGAGUUUUAUUUUUCAGUAAGACAAUUACAAAACAAUGUAUGCCAAAGGCACACCAGAAUGGCUUUCCAACAGGUGUUAAGUGUUCCUGAGUGGUCCAGUCUCAGGCCUGACUUUGCUUGAAAAUCAGAGACAAGGUUUGAAUAUUGCUAUCCAUGAAUGAUUCCCAACCAAAUUUACUGAGCUUGACCAAUUUUGACAAAAACAAUGGACAUAAGUUGCCCUAAGAGUUGCGCAAUGUUGGUAGAAUAUUAUAAAACAUGAUUAAACGCUGUAAUCUUAAGCUUAACCAACAAGUGAUAGAUUUUAAACAAAUACAUGUCGGUCAUUGAACAACCCCAUACAACGAUUAGAUAGUGAAAAAACACACCAAUCCCUUUCAUAACUUCUUUAAACAAUAAAACAUAAUUUACCACUGUUUCUAGAAAAUGGAUAUACACUAUAGCGUUUUGGACUGAAACUCUUCAUAACUCUUCAGAGAGGUAGAGGGAGAGAGAGAGAGAGAGAGAGAGAGAGAGAGAGAGAGAGAGAGACUGGUCAACUCGGUAUAGUGUGUAGUCUCAGUGUAUGGUAGCAGGUUACAUUAGGCUCAGUGUGUAGUGUUUUAGAGUGCUGCAUGGCUAUAUGGUGAGAGAAACAUAUGGACUAGGCUUACAGUCUUUACUGACGGACGGUUACGCUCCCCACAGACACCCUGCUACUGCGACUAUAGCAUGCUUUCCCAUGCUCUCUCUCUCCUCUCUCUCUCUCGCUCUAUUAUCUCUCCUCUCUCUCUCUCUCUCUCUGUCUCUUGCUCCCUCCGCACUGUCUCUCUCUCUCUCUCUCUCUCCUCUAUCUAUCUCUCUCUCUCUCUCUCUCUCUCUCCUCUAUAUCUCGAUCGAUCUCUCUCGCGUCAUCUCUCUCUCUCUCUCCUCCCUCUCUCUCUCUCUCUCUCUCUCUCUCUGUGUGUGUGUGUGUGUCUUUUAUCAUGACCUGGCUUUUUCAAUGGUCCCACCCAAUAAACAAUGUUGGUGAUAAACAAGACCAGUGUUUCUGGCCAAAGUCUUCAGUCACAACCCAACAGGACUCAGCUGCUGUUGGGAACAACUGCUUUCAAACAUGGAAGUUAUGUAGCAAAGAAACACAUUUGUCUUCCAAGAAUGGAUCAAAGUUAUAAUCUAACUUUCUUUUCUGAAAUUAAAUUCUAAGGAUUUAUUCUACGGUUAUAACUUUCUAUUCUAAAGUUGUAUUCUGAAAUUCUAUUCAAAAGUUGUAUUCUAAGGUUAUAUUUUAAGGUUUUAUUCUGAAGUUCUAGUUUAAGGUGCUAACAUUCUAUUCUCAAGUUCUAUUCUAAAGUUCUAUUCUAAGGUUCUAUUCUAAGGUUCUAUUCUAAGGUUCUAUUCUGAAGUUCUAUUCUAAGGUUCUAUUCUAAGGUUCUAUUCUGAAGUUCUAUUCUAAAGUUCUAUUCUCUGUAUUCUCUCUCUUUCAGGUGUAGGAGGCCCCAGCCAUGACAAUAACGUGUGAAGGUGGGCCCAGGGCCAGCGGUCUAUGUGUGUGUUCAGGCCUGUGGAGGCGACGGUCUCUCCUCCUGCUCUACGUGGUCUUGGAGCUGGUUGUGGUCCACUCCGCCGCGGUCCUGGGAGCUCUGGAGCUCCAGCUAGAUGAGGAGCAGCCAGCAGGGACCAUCGUAGGGGACAUCAGUGCUGGGCUACCGCCCGGCGUCACCGCCUCGCUGUACUUCAUCUCCGACCACGAGGGAACAGGGUUGGGCAGCGACCUCCACAUCGACGAGACCUCUGGGAUCAUCACCACGGCACGCCGCCUCGACCGCGAGCAGAGGGACCACUACAGCUUCAUCGCCGUCACCAUGACCGGGGUCACAGUCGAGGUGUCCGUCACGGUCAACGACAUCAACGACCACGCGCCGGCGUUCCUCAAGCCCAAGGCGUCGCUGAAGAUCCCGGAACAGACGGCGGUGGGAACACGGGUGUCCCUGGAGCCGGCGUCGGACGCGGACCGCGAUCAGCUGACCACGCAGGGAUAUGUGAUUAAGGAGGGCAACGUGGGGCAAGCCUUCAGGCUGGAGACCAAGAGAGCUGCUAACAAGGUAUGAUACAAAUAUAGCAUAGCGUAGAGUAGCAUAGCGUAGAGUAGCAUAGCGUAGAGUAGCAUAGCGUAGAGUAGCAUAGCAUACAAUAUCAUAGCGUAGCAUAGCAUAGCAUAGUGUAGAGUAGCAUAGCAUACAAUAUCAUAGCGUAGCAUAGCAUAGCGUAGAGUAGCAUAGCGUAGAGUAGCAUAGCAUACAAUAUCAUAGCGUAGCAUAGCAUAGCGUAGAGUAACAUAGUAAGCAUAGCAAAGCACCCAGGGACACGUGAACAAGACCAAGAGAGCUAACAAGGUUUAUUAAACUGGUCUUUUACAAUAGGAUAUGAUACUCUAUUGUCCACUUUCAUGGACAUCUCUUUUGUGAGGCCAGUGGUACAAUAUACACGAAAACAAUACAAUACAGUAGCAUUUCUCUCUAAGCGGUUUUCUCCAUAUUAAUAGAAUGACAAGAUCAGGAAUCCCCAUUCAAGUCAAUGAUGGAGUAAAAGCAGGAAGUGUACCCAUCAAUAUGUGCUGUGAUUUGUUGAAUCAACUCAACUGACAUUACACAAAAUACAUUCCAUUGCAUGAGCCACAUCAGUUAACAUAAUUUGAAUGAACAUUCUACAUUACCAUGGAAAUUAUUGCAUCACAAUACCAGGCAACCGUUUCGAGUGUACCCAUGAGUUUACCAGUCAAAUUGCCAGGGUUAGAGGUUCCAAGACAGUUCUAUUCAUUCUAUUUAUAUGGUUUUCUCUCCGUUGUCCUUGUGUCCUCUCGUGUCUUUUCACUCUUAGGUGUUGUACCUGGACCUGGUGGUGAACGGUGUUCUGGACAGGGAGAAGAUGUCUUCGUACAGCCUGGUUCUGGAGGCCUUCGACGGGGGGAGUCCCAGGCGCACCGGCCUGAUGACCCUGGAGGUGUCUGUCACUGACAUCAAUGACCACGCCCCCGUCUUCAACCAGAGCAGAUACCAUGCCAUCAUCUCUGAGAGUUUACCACAGGGAAGCAACAUAUUACAGGUAUUAAUGGUGGCCAGAAAAUAGAGCAAAACGUUUUGUAGACAAAAAAACAAGUCACUCUAGCAGAAGGUGUAUGUUAAAUGUUAAAAACCUUUACUGACCGGCUGUUUUACUGACCGGCUGUUUUACUGACCUGCUGUUUUACUGACCGGCUGUUUUACUGACCUGCUGUUUUACUGACCUGCUGUUUUACUGACCUGCUGUUUUUCUGACCUGCUGUUUUACUGACCUGCUGUUUUACUGACCGGCUGUUUUACUGACCUGCUGUUUUUCUGACCUGCUGUUUUACUGACCUGCUGUUUUUCUGACCUGCUGUUUUACUGACCUGCUGUUUUUACUGACCUGCUGUUUUUCUGACCUGCUGUUUUUACUGACCUGCUGUUUUUCUGACCUGCUGUUUUUACUGACCUGCUGUUUUUACUGACCUGCUGUUUUUAUUGACCUGCUGUUUUUCUGACCUGCUGUUUUACUGACCUGCUGUUUUACUGACCUGCUGUUUUUACUGACCUGCUGUUUUUACUGACCUGCUGUUUUUACUGACCUGCUGUUUUUACUGACCUGCUGUGUUACUGACCUGCUGUUUUACUGACCUGCUGUUUUACUGACCUGCUGUUUUACUGACCUGCUGUGUUACUGACCUGCUGUUUUACUGACCUGCUGUUUUACUGACCUGCUGUUUUUCUGACCUGCUGUUUUACUGACUGACCUGCUGUUUUACUGACCUGCUGUUUUACUGACCUGCUGUUUUACUGACCUGCUGUUUUUCUGACCUGCUGUUUUACUCCACAUCCUAGCUUCAUUCAGUUUUCAUUUUGGUAUCGCACCGCAACUUCACACUGAUGUGUAGAGUAGUAGAGUCUCCCUUCAUUAAAAACGUAUUAGCUGGGGAGAAACCGGUCAGCUCUAGCCAGGUUAGGAGCAGUGACCUGAGGGCAAAGCACCAGGGAGAGAGGGCCACACCUCCAGGCUCUAGCCAGGAUAGGAGCACUGUCCUGGGGGCAGAGCGCCAGGGAGAGAGGGCCACACCUCCAGGCUCUAGCCAGGAUAGGAGCAGUGUCCUGGGGGCAGAGCGCCAGGGAGAGAACGUCCCACUCUGUGUUGGCUCUGUACACUCUCCUCAACAACCAUGAUGCUACAGCCCUGAUGCUACAGCCAUGAUGCUACAGCCCUGAUGCUACAGCCACGAUGCUACAGCCAUGAUGCUACAGCCACGAUGCUACAGCCACGAUGCUACAGCCAUGAUGCUACAGCCCUGAUGCUACAGCCACGAUGCUACAGCCAUGAUGCUACAUCCACGAUGCUACAGCCAUGAUGCUACAGCCACGAUGCUACAGCCCUGAUGCUACAGCCAUGAUGCUACAGCCCUGAUGCUACAGCCACAAUGCUACAGCCAUGAUGCUACAGCCCUGAUGCUACAGCCCUGAUGCUACAGCCCUGAUGCUACAGCCAUGAUGCUACAGCCACGAUGCUACAGCUACGAUGCUACAGCCAUAAAGCUGCCAUAUCUGGGAGUGAUGAUGCUACAGAAUGUCCAAACUGCCUCAGCUGAGAGACACACACACACACCAGUGGCGGUCGGUGCCGUUUAAGAUGAGGGAGGACGAUUCUUUUUUUAAUGAGCAUGGCCUUAUUUCUAUUACAGCAAAUUGGAUGACUGUCAUUCAUAUUCCGUUCACCCUGCUCAAUGUAACAUCGAUAGGUUUAGGCUACUACAUGAUACUCAAAUGUUCCCUAUACCCCAUCAUGAGGUUGCUACAACCUAGCCUAUGAAUGAAAGUUUACAACGUAGGUGCACCGGUUGAGAUAUAUUUGAGUAAUCUAGGUGUCAGACAGCGACACAUUCAAUACCGCCUGGCACACUCUUGCCUGCAUCUAGCUGAUCUAGGGUGUAAUCAUUAGUCCAACAGUUGCAAACGAGAGUUUCUAUUGGAAAAAUCCAGGUAUGUUUAUCCCCGUUUUGUUCAGUUUGCUUCUGUUUAAGAAACUUUUUUUCAACAGAAUCAGCGGAAUGAAUACACCCCUGAUCACACGCAAACACCCUUCACUUUCAUAGCAGCCACAUACAAACAGCAUGAUCCCUUUGAUCAUUGUAUUCCUUCUCGCAUCUACGCUAGAACUAACGCGUUAGUAAACCCGCUACAAUCAUGCAGUUCAGUGUACAGUCAGAAAGCAUUUUAGCAGUUUAGCUGUUAACCGGCGGGCCCCGGUGGCAAUAAAUUAAUAAAACCAAAAGCUUACCUUGACUUGGAAGAGUUCCAGUGUUGGAUAGCCAUAGCCAGCUAGCUAACAUAGCAUCCCUCUCUGUUUGAGCCGGGUGUUUUAGUAGGCUAGCUAGCUAGCUGCAUUCGCUAGCUAAGUAAGUGAAAGUGAAAAAAAAUACAGCAAAAUAUCUCUCUCUCUCUCUUGCUUGUCUUUCAUUUUUUAAGAAAUUAAUUUGUUCAAACCUGUUCAACUAUUGUCUUUCUCUCUCUUUGAGUGAACUACUCACCACAUUUUAUGCAUUGCGGUGCUAGCUAGCUGUAGUUUAUGCUUUCAGUACUAGAUUCAUUCUCUGAUCCUUUGAUUGGUUGGACAACAUGUCAGUUCAUUCUGCAAAAGCUCUCAUAGGUUAGAGGACGUCCUCCGGAAGUUGUCAUAAUUACUGUGUAAGUCUAUGGAAGAGGGUGAGAACCACGAGCCUCCUAGGUUUUGUAUUGAAGUCAAUGUACCCAGAGGAGGACAGAAACUAGCUGUCCUCUGGCUACACCAUGGUACUACCUUACAGAGUGCUGUUGAGACUACUGUAGACCUUCAUUGCAAAACAGUGUAUUUUAAUCAAUUAUUUGGUGACGUGAAUAUAUUUAGUAUAGUUUUAUAAAAAAUAUAUAACUUUUUUAAUGUUACACUAUUGUAUGGAAUUCACUGAGGAGGAUGGUCCUCCCCUUCCUCCUCUGAGGAGCCUCCACUGGUAUAAAGUACUGUAUUAGUUAUGGUAAAUCUUUACUAAUAGUCAAUCAAUAAUCAAUCUCUCACGUCCUGCAGGUGUUUGCGUCCGACGCUGACGAGGGAGACAACGGUCUGGUUCUGUACGAGAUCAACCGUCGCCAGAGCGACCCUGACCGCUACUUUGUUAUGGAUACGAGGUCGGGGGUCAUCACUCUGAACCGUCCACUGGACUACGAGCUGAAGAGAGUCCACGAGCUGGUGGUGCAGGCCAGAGACAACGCCAGCCACCCUGAGGUGUGUGUGUGUGGGUUUGUGUGAGGGUGUGCAUGGGUAGGGAUGGAUGAAAAUUAAAAUUGAAUGAAAAUAGAAUAACCGUCAUAACCAUAAAAAAUACUUAUAAAUAUAUAAAUCCAGGGGGAAAACGUUGUUAUAAACAUGUCUAGCCACAGCUAACAUUACCUAUAUACAGAACCAGUCAAACGUUUGGACACAUCUACUCAUUCAAGGGUUUUUCUUUAUUUUUACAAUUUUCUACAUUGUAGAAUAAUAUUGAAUAGAGAGGGUGGCAUUGAACACAUUCAAUAUUAAACAUGUAAUGCAACAUACCUAGUAACAUGAUGUGCUGAAGACAGUCAAAACAGAUCAGCGAAGUAGUCAUUUUAUCUGAUAAGCAUGAAUAAAUACAUGUCUUUAAAGGUUUCUUCUGUAAUUGCACAAUGCCAUCAAAUGACACCUUAAUACUAGUCUAAUACUAAUAUUGAAUAGAGAGAGUGAAGGUGGGGGUGCAGCCCGGGUCAACACUAGCCACCCACUAGCCACCCACUAGCCACCUAGAUGCCACCCACUAUCCCCCCACUAGCCACCCACUAGCCACCUAGAUGCCACCCACUAGCCACCUAGAUGCCACCCACUAGCCACCCACUAGCCACCCACUAGCCACCCACUAGCCACCUAGAGGCCACCCACUAGCCACCUAGAAGCCACCCACUAGCCACCCACUUGCCACCCACUAGCCACCGAGAGGCCAACCACUAGCCACCUAGAUCCCACCCACUAGCCACCCACUAGCCACCCACUAGCCACCCACUAGCCACCUAGAUGCCACCCACUAGCCACCCGCUAGCCACCCACUAGCCACCUAAAUGCCACCCACUAGCCACCUAAAUGCCACCCACUAGCCACCUAGAUGCCACCCACUAGCCACCCACUAGCCACCCGCUAGCCACCCACUAGCCACCUACAUGCCACCCACUAGCCACCCACUAGCCACCUAGAUGCCACCCACUAGCCACCUAGAAGCCACCCACUAGCCACCCACUAGCCACCCACUAGCCACCUAGAUGCCACCCGCUAGCCACUUAGAGGCCACCCACUAGCCACCCAUUAGCCACCUAGAUGCCACCCACUAGCCACAUACUAGCCACCUACAUGCCACCCACUAGCCACCCACUAGCCACCCACUAGCCACCUAGAGGCCACCCACUAGCCACCUAGAAGCCACCCACUAGCCACCCACUAGCCACCCACUAGCCACCUAGAUGCCACCCGCUAGCCACUUAGAGGCCACCCACUAGUCACCCACUAGCCACCUAGAUGCCACCCACUAGCCACCCACUUGCCACCUACAUGCCACCCACUAGCCAACCACUAGCCACCUAGAUGCCACCCACUAGCCACCCACUAGCCACCCACUAGCCACCCACUAGCCAACCACUAGCCACCUAGAUGCCACCCACUAGCCACCCACUAGCCACCCACUAGCCACUUACUAGCCACCCACUAGCCAACCACUAGCCACCUAGAUGCCACUCACUAGCCACCCACUAGCCACCCACUAGCCACCUAUAAGCCACCCACUAGCCACCCACUAGCCACCCACUAGCCACCUAUAAGCCACCCACUAGCCACCUAGAGGCCACCCACUAGCCACCCACUAGCCACCUAUAAGCCACCCACUAGCCACCCACUAGCCACCUAUAAGCCACCCACUAGCCACCCACUAGCCACCUAGAGGCCACCCACUAGCCACCUAAAAGCCACCCAUUAGCCACCCACAUGUCACCCACUAGCCACCCACUAGCCACCUAGAUGCCACCCACUAGCCACCCACUAGCCACCUACAUGCCACCCACUAGCCACCCACUAGCCACCCACUAGCCACCCACUAGCCACCUACUAGCCACCUAGAGGCCACCCACUAGCCACCCACUAGCCACCUAUAAGCCACCCACUAGCCACCCACUAGCCACCUAUAAGCCACCCACUAGCCACCUAGAGGCCCACCCACUAGCCACCCACUAGCCACCCACUAGCCACCCACUAGCCACCUAUAAGCCACCCACUAGCCACCUAGAGGCCACCCCACUAGCCACCCACUAGCCACCCACUAGCCACCUAGAGGCCACCCACUAGCCACCCACUAGCCACCCACUAGCCACCUAGAUGCCACCCACUAGCCACCCAUUAGCCACCUAGAUGCCACCCACUAGCCACCUAGAUGCCACCCACUAGCCACCCACUAGCCACCCACUAGCCACCCACUAGCCACCUACAAGCCACCCACUAGCCACCUAGAGGCCACCCACUAGCCACCCACUAGCCACCCACUAGCCACCCACUAGCCACCUAUAAGCCACCCACUAGCCACCUAGAGGCCACCCACUAGCCACCCACUAGCCACCCACUAGCCACCUAGAUGCCACCCACUAGCCACCCAUUAGCCACCUAGAUGCCACCCACUAGCCACCCACUAGCCACCUACAUGCCACCCACUAGCCACCCACUAGCCACCCACUAGCCACCUAGAGGCCACCCACUAGCCACCUAGAAGCCACCCACUAGCCACCCACUAGCCACCCACUAGCCACCUAGAUGCCACCCGCUAGCCACUUAGAGGCCCACCCACUAGUCACCCACUAGCCACCUAGAUGCCACCCACUAGCCACCCACUUGCCACCUACAUGCCACCACUAGCCAACCACUAGCCACCUAGAUGCCACCCACUAGCCACCCACUAGCCACCCACUAGCCACCCACUAGCCAACCACUAGCCACCUAGAUGCCACCCACUAGCCACCCACUAGCCACCCACUAGCCACCUACUAGCCACCCACUAGCCAACCACUAGCCACCUAGAUGCCACUCACUAGCACCCACUAGCCACCCACUAGCCACCUAUAAGCACCACUAGCCCCACUAGCCACCCAUAGCCACCUAUAAGCCACCCACUAGCCACCUAGAGGCCACCCACUAGCCACCCACUAGCCACCUAUAAGCCACCCACUAGCCACCCACUAGCACCUAUAAGCCACCCACUAGCCACCCACUAGCCACCUAGAGGCCACCCACUAGCCACCUAAAAGCCACCCAUUAGCCACCCACAUGUCACCCACUAGCCACCCACUAGCCACCUAGAUGCCACCCACUAGCCACCCACUAGCCACCUAGAGGCCACCCACUAGCCACCCACUAGCCACCCACUAGCCACCCACUAGCCACCUACUAGCCACCUAGAGGCCACCCACUAGCCACCCACUAGCCACCUAUAAGCCACCCACUAGCCACCCACUAGCCACCUAUAAGCCACCCACUAGCCACCUAGAUGCCACCCACUAGCCACCCACUAGCCACCCACUAGCCACCCACUAGCCACCUAGAUGCCACCCACUAGCCACCCACUAGCCACCCACUAGCCACCUAGAUGCCACCCACUAGCCACCCACUAGCCAUCUAGAGGCCAGGAACACAUUCAAUAUUAAACAUGUAAUGCAACAUACCUAGCAACAUGAUGUGCUGACGACAGUCGAAACAGAACAGCGACGUAGUCAUUUUAUCUGAUGAGCAUGAAUAAAUACAUGUCUUUAAAGGUUUCUUCUGUAAUGGCACAAUGCCAUCAAAUGAGACUUUAAUACUAGUUAUUGUUGUCCUAAUUGUGGACCCUUCCUGUGGACAGUCUGGAGGCUGCAUUGAGUCUCUCUCUGCUCUCUGGAACUUUUAGAGGAAGGAGGUUAUUUUAGCUUCUCCACAUCCUCUACUGUUGUUUUAUAGAUGUUCAGGAGUCUUAUUUACAUUACAUACAUUACACCCACAUCCCUGCCGGCCAAACCCUCCCCUACCUUGGACGACGCUGGACCAAUUGUGCGCCACCCCAUGGGUCUCCCGGUCGCGCCCGGCUGCGACAGAGCCUGGACAUGAACCAGGAUCUCUAGUGGCACAGCUAGCCUUAGACCACUGUGCCACUCGGGAGUCUUAUGGCUUGGGGGUAGAAGUUGUUUAGAAGCCUUUUGGACCUAGACUUGGUGCUCCGGUACCGCUUGCUGUGCGGUAGCAGAGAGAACAGACUAUGAAUUGGGUGACUGGAGUCUUUGACCAUUUUUAGGGCUUUCCUCUGACACCGCCUGGUAUAGAGGUCCUGGAUGGCAGGAAGCUUGGCCCCAGUGAUGUACUUGGCCGUACGCACUACCCUCUGUAGUGCCUUGCGGUCGGAGGCCAAGCAGUUGCCAUACCAGGCAGUGAUGCAACCGGUCAGGAUGCUCUCGAUGGUGCAGCUGUAAAACCUUUUGAGGAUUUGAGGACCCAUGCCAAAUCCUUUCAUUCUCCUUAGGGGGAAUAGGUUUUGUCGUGCCCUCUUCACGACUGUCUUGGUGUGCUUGAACGAUGUUAGUUUGUUGGUGAUGUGGACACCAAGGAACUUGAAGCUCUCAACCUGCUCCACUACAGCCCCGUCGAUGAGAAUGGGGGCGUGCUCGGUCUUCUUCUUUUUCCUGUAGUCCACAAUCAUCUCCUUUGUCUUGAUCACGUUGAGGGAGAGGUUGUUGUCCUGGCACUACACGGCCAGGUCUCUGACCUCCUCCCUAUAGGCUGUCUCAUCGUUGUCGGUGAUCAGGCCUACCACUGUUGUGUCAUCAGCAAACUGGUGUUGGAGUCGUGCCUGGCCAUGCAGUCAUGAGUGAACAGGGAGUACAGGAGGGGACUGAGCACGCACUCCUGAGGGGCCCCCGUGUUGAGGAUCAGCGUGGCGGAUGUGUUGUUACCUACCCUUACCACCUGGGGGCGGCCCGUCAGGAAGUCCAGGAUCCAGUUGCAGAGGGAGGUGUUUAUUCCCAGGGUUCUUAGCUUAGUGAUGAGCUUUGAGGGCACUAUGGUGUUGAAUACUGAGCUAUAGUCAAUGAAUAGCAUUCUCACAUAGGUGUUCCUUUUGUCCAGGUGUGAAAGGGCAGUGUGGAGCGCAAUAGAGAUUGCAUCAUCUGUGGAUCUGUUGGGGCGGUAUGCAAAUUGGAGUGGGUCUAGGGUUUCUGGGAGAAUGGUGUUGAUGUGAGCCAUGACAAGCCUUUCAAAGCACUUCAUGGCUACAGACGUGAGUGCUACGGUGUGGUAGUCAUUUAGGCAGGUUACCUUAGUGUACUUGGGCACAGGGACUAUGGUGGUCUGCUUGAAGCAUGUUGCUGUUACAGACUCAGACAUUGAGAGGUUGAAAAUGUCAGUGAAGACACUUGCCAGUUGGUCAGUGCAUGCUCGGAGUACACAUCCUGGUAAUCAGUCUGGCCCGCGGCCUUGUGAAUGUUGACCUGUUUAAAGGUCUUACUCACAUCUGCUAUGGAGAGCGUGAUCACACAGUCGUCCGGAACAGCUGAUGCUCUCAUGCAUGUUUCAGUGUUACUUGCCUCGAAACGAGCAUGGAAGUAAUUUAGCUCGUCUUGUAGGCUCGUGUCACUGGACAGCUCGAGACUGUGUUUCCCUUUGUAGUCUGUAAUAGUUUGCAAACCCUGCCACAUCCGACGAGCGUCGGAGCCUGUGUAGUACGAUUAGAUCUUAGUCCUGUAUUGAUGCUUUGCCGGUUCGUCGGAGGGCAUAGCGGGAUUUCUUAUAAGCUUCCCGGUUAGAGUCCCGCUCCUUGAAAGCGGCAGCUCUACCAUUUAGCUCAGUGCAGAUGUUGCCUGUAAUACAUGGCUUCUGGUUGGGGUAUGUACGUACAGUCACUGUGGGGACAACGUCAUCGAUGCACUUAUUGAUGAAGCCAGUAACUGAUGUGGUGUACUCCUCAAUGCCAUCGGAAGAAUCCCGGAACAUAUUCAAGUCUGUGCUAGCAAAACAGUCCGGUAGUUUGGCAUCUGCUUCAUCUGACCACUUUUUUAUUGACCGAGUCACUGGUGCUUUCUGCUUUAGUUUCUGCUUGUAAACAGGAAUCAGGAGGAUAUAAUUAUGGUCAGAUUUGCCAUAUGGAGGGCAAAGGAGCUUUGUACGCGUCUCUGUGUGUGGAGUAAAGGUGGUCUAGAGUUUCUUUCCCCUCUGGUUGCACAUUUAACAUGCUGGUAGAAAUGAGGUAAAACGGAUUUAAGUUUCCCUGCAUUAAAGUCCCCGGCCACUAGGAGCGCCGCCUCUGGAUGAGCGUUUUUCUGUUUGCUUAUGGCUGUAUACAGUUAAUUGAGUGCGGUCUUAGUGCCAGCAUCGGUUUGUGGUGGUAAAUAUACAGCUACGAAGAAUAUAGAUGAAAACUCUCUUGGUAGAUAGUGUGGUCUACAGUUUAUCAUGAGAUACUCUACCUCAGGCGAGCAAAACUUCGAGACUUCCUUAGAUAUCGUGCACCAGCUGUUGUGUACAAAUAUACAUAGACCGCCACCCCUUGUCUUACCAGAGGCUGCUGUUCUAUCCUGCCAAUACAGUGUAAAACCUGCCAGCUGUAUGUUGUUCAUGUCUUCGUUCAGCCACGACUCAGUGAAACAUAAGAUAUUACAGUUUUUAAUGUCCCGUUGGUAGGAUAUACGUGCUUGUAGUUUGUCCACUUUAUUAUCAAGCGAUUGUAAGUUGGCCAAUAGUAUUGAUGGUAAAGGCAGAUUAGCCACUCGUCGCCGGCUCCUUACCAGGCACCCCGAUCUCCUUCCGCGAUAUCUCCUUUUCUUUCUCCUGCGAAUGACGGGGAUGAGGGCCCUGUCGGGUGUCUGGAGCAAAUCCCUCUCGUCCGACUCAUUAAAUAAAAAUUACUUGUCCAGUUCAAGGUGAGUAAUCGCUGUUCUGGAAUCCAGAAGCUAUUUUCGGUCAUAAGAGACGGUAGCAUCAACAUUAUGUACAAAAUAAAUUACAAACAAUGCGAAAAAACACACAAAAUAGCACGGUUGGUUAAGAGUCCAUAAAACGGCAGCCAUCCCCUCCGGCCAUUAUGCAACCGGUCAGGACGCUCUCGAUGGUACUCCAUGCCCUGUUGUUUUACUCCAUGCCCUGUUGUUCUAUACCGUACCCUGUUGUUUUACACCAUGCCCUGUUGUUUUACACCAUGCCCUGUUAUUUUACACCAUGCCCUGUUUUCUUACGCCAUGCCCUGUUGUUUUACACCAUGCCCUGUUGUUUUACUCCGUGCCCUGUUGUUUUACCUCAUUUCCUCCAGGUGACCAAUGCCUUCGUGACAAUCCACGUCCGAGACUACAACGAUAACCAACCCACAAUGACCAUCAUUUUCCUCAGCGAAGACGGCUCGCCACGCAUCUCCGAGGGCGCCCAGCCCGGCCAGUACGUGGCGCGCAUCUCCGUCACCGACCCUGACUACGGAGAAUACGCUAACGUUAACGUUUCGCUAGAGGGAGGGGACGGGAAGUUCGCCCUGACCACCAAGGACAGUAUUAUCUAUCUGAUCUGUGUGGACCAGGUGUUGGACCGCGAAGAGAGGGACACGUACGAGCUGAGGGUGAUGGCAACAGACGCAGGCACCCCUCCUCUCAGGGCUGAGUCCUCCUUUACUAUCCAGGUCACUGAUGUGAAUGAUAAUCCACCACUCUUCGACCAGCAGGCUUACAAACAGACCAUCCCAGAGGUUGUCUACCCAGGAUCCUUUGUGCUCCAGGUGACGGCCCGGGACAAGGACCAGGGGCCCAAUGGGGACGUCCGAUACAGUCUCCUCAAAGACAAAAAGAGCCACUCUGAUUGGUUCUCCAUCGAUCCAGUGACGGGGAUCAUCACCACGGCGAUGGCACUGGAUUACGAGUCGGAGCCAGCGCCCAGUGUGACCGUGGUUGCCACGGACAACGGGCGGCCUCCUAUGUCGUCGACGGCGAAGGUUGCUGUGGUGCUGCAGGAUGUAAAUGACAACGAGCCAGUGUUUUCCAGUAACUUCUACAACGUGACGAUCAAGGAGAAUACGGCAGUCGGGACCUGCUUCUUAGAGGUAGGAAAAGCUCUGUCUGUCUUUCUGUCUGUUUCCUCUCUGUCUAUCUCUCGCUGCUAUCUUGUUGUUCUUCCUGUGGAUAGACUGAGCAGAACAAUAAGAGCAGCAGUUGUGAUGUGUGUGUAGCAUGAAUGUAUAUGUGUGUGUGGAUGUGUGUAUGUGGAUGUGGAUGUGUGGAUGUGGAUGUGUGUGUGUCUGAGUGGGUAUGUGUGUGUGAGUGAGUGCAUGUGUGCUAAGAUGUGGAGAAACAGAGCAGGUGGUCGGUCCAGUUCCAGUGUUCAGCGGUCUGAUGGCUUGUAGAUAGAAACUGUCUCUGAGCCUGUCGGUAUCAGACCUCAUGCUCCAAUACUGUCUGCACGACGGUAAGGGAGUGAACAGCCUGUGGCUGGGGUGUGAGGAGUCCUUGACGAUGCUGCGGGCCUUGAGUAGAGGUCCUGGAUGGGUGGGAGUACGGUCCCAGUGAUGUCCUGGAUGGGUGGGAGCACGGUCCCAGUGAUGUCCUGGAAAGGUGGGAGCACGGUCCCAGUGAUGUACUGGAUGGGUGGGAGCACGGUCCCAGUGAUGUACUGGAAAGGUGGGAGCACGGUCCCAGUGAUGUACUGGAAGGUGGGAGCACGGUCCCGGUGAUGUCCUGGAUGGGUGGGAGCACGGUCCCAGUGAUGUACUGGAUGGUUGGGAGCACGGUCCCAGUGAUGUACUGGAUGGGUGGGAGCACGGUCCCAGUGAUGUACUGGAUGGGUGGGAGCACAGUCCCAGUGAUGUACUGGAUGGGUGGGAGCACGGUCCCAGUGAUGUACUGGAUGGGUGGGAGCACGGUCCCAGUGAUGUACUGGAUGGGUGGGAGCACGGUCCCGGUGAUGUACUGGCCGUAUUCACCACCUACUGGAGGGCCUUGCAGUCGUGGACGGAGCAAUUCCCGUACCAGGCCGUGAUGCAACCAGUCAGGACGCUCUCGAUGGUGCAGUGGUAGUAUUUGGAGAGGACCCUUGGGUCGGCAUGCUGAAUUUCUUCAGAGAGACGCUGUUGCUCCCUCUUGACAAGAGUGGUGGAGUUGUUGGUCCAUGACAAGUCCUCUGUGAUGUGGACGCCGAGACACUUAAAACUGUUGACUCGUUCUACUGCGGUCCCGUUAAUGUGGAUCGGGGCAUGUUCCCUUCUCUGCUUCCUGAAGUCAACAAUCAACCAGUGGCGGCUCCUGAAAAAAUUCUCAGGGGGGGCAAUUUUUCUGAUGAUUUAGGUGACCUACACACAUUUAAAAAAAGAAAUGUCCAGCAACAACAUGAAGACAGGGGCAGCAUAUAAGUCAAUACCAGAAGCAUUUAUUGACUGAUCUCAAAAGUGUUGGCUUACCAGGGUUGGUGGAGCCCUCAGUUUCAUCUUUGCCUCGCAAAGCUAACUCAAACACUCCGCAAAACUUCACACACUGGAUUAGCCGGCUGAGGAUGUGGCGGUUCUUGCUAAUGUCGUAGUAAAUAUAUUUGUUAUAGUGAAUAUGGAAUAUGAUAUGUUGAGUAAAAUGUUGUGCUAAGAUCUAUUUAGGUCAGGAGCUGGUUAUAAGUUCUGUUCCUAUCCAAUAACAAUGGACAAAAGGGUCCUAUCUUGUCAGCCUUGUCAGUUUCAGUUCUCCAGUAAACUUGUGAUUAUCAACACUAACCUCAUCGUUGUGGCGGCGGACAGCUAGCCUGUAUCCCUCAUCCAGUUGAGUGGGAAUGUUCACUCUCCCCAAAGCAGACAAUCUCAAACAGCUAUCCAUGUGGGUCUUUGACAGCUCAUGUUUUCUUAAUCUUUCCUGAAAGAUGGUGCAUGUCCGUUACACACCAGUCGCUGUCCAAGCGGUGCUGUCUGCCGUGCCGCCUUCAGGGUGAAAGAGUAAGCAGGGGGUAGCAGAAGACUGCAUUAGCUACAUCGCAGCCUGCUAGCCAGGUUUUUCGUUCGUACCAAUUUUUGGAAAAUCCUCGGGUGUAGGACUUCCCCCCUUUAGUAGAAACCUGUUGAAUUAUUAAAUUUGUUCUGGGAGGUCCUAAUUGUUUCGUUGCCAAUUUAUCUUCAUUUGUUCGCCGACAAAAAGGAACUUCUUUCAAAGACACAAUCGAGUUGCACUGAAGCCUAGCCAUUUUGAUAGUAGUAGUGAAUUGAUUGAUGAGGCUACCCGCUCUUUUCUUAGUUACGUUCAUGGUUAUGUUACGUAUGACGAAAGCGCGUAAGUGCAAGCCCUCAGAAACCCAUAGAGAUUGUAUUGAAAGCUCUGAUAUUUGAAAAAAAUAGAUUUUACAUGGGAGUCUAUGACAGACUUCUGGGCGAUUUUCAACCUGACUGAAAUCGCCCCAAAAGGGGGGGGGGGGCAUUUGAAGCACGACUUUAGCCUGAUUGGACAUUUAGUGGCACUGUGGCAGAUCAGACGUCUAGAUUACAACACUGAUAACUACUGUUGCCCUGAUAUAAUUGAUUAGAAAAAAAAUCCCUUCCUUUUCCCGUUUGGCAGUGCGUCGCCCAUAUCGCCCUAUUGAACACACCGCCCCUGCAAUCAACUCCUUUGUUUUGUUAAUAUUGAGGGAGAGGUUGUUGUCAUGACACCACAAUGCGAGUUCACUUACCUCCUCCCUAUAGGCUGACUCGUUGUUGUUGGUUACCAGGACUACAACCGUGGUGUAGCUAACUUGAUGAUGGAGUUGGUGUCAUGCAAAGCCACGCAGUCGUGGGUGAACAGGGAGUACAGCAGAGGGCUGAGGACACUCCCCUGGGGGGGGGGGCUGUAUUAAGAGUCAGUGUGGAGGAGGGGUUGUUGCCUGUGGUCUGCCCGUCAGGAAGUCCAGGAUCCAGUUGCAGAGGUACUGUAUAGGUGCUAUGUUACCAUUUGAGAUGCCAGCCACUGUGGUGUUUCACCCAACAAGAUCUCAUAGUGUCCCUUUCGUAAUUUGACAUAUUAUGGAUGAACGUCUAUUUUUGACACAUUAAUUCCACGUAGUUACAGGGUUAAUUCCGCGUGGUUGCAGGGUUAAAACAGAAACCACUCAAAGGGUUAAGUGUCUGUAUUAAUUGAGUGGUUAAGGUUAGGGCUAUGGUUUGGGGAAAGGCUUAAAACAACAUAAUUUAAUACAAAGCUGUUUCAACUAUCAUCAAAUAUUCUCACGGCUUGUUGUGGUUUAAGCAGCGCGCUUCGGCUCCCGAGCAUCAAUCGUUUUUUCUUAUUUUUGUGAGCGCCCAGGAAGGCAUAUAUAUCGACGUUCUUAGGCCGUUUUCAAACAUCCGAAAUCGCCGUCUAUUUCUAGGGAUCAGGCUGAUUUUACCAGGCUAUCUAGCAGCACUCUGAGGUGAUGACAUAUCUUCAUGUGAUUCAUGAAGAGAAGUGGGCUAGGUGAAACACUGGGCAGACCUGGAAUUAAAAAAAAUAUUUUAUUUAAUUUUUUUCUUUUACCUUUUUACAUUUAACUAGGCAAGUCAGUUAGAAACAAAUUCUUAUUUACAAUGACGGCCUACACCAGCCAAACCCGGACGACGCUGGGCCAAAUGUGCGCCGCCCUAUGGGAAUGUGUUCUUAUUGGGAAGAAAGAGGGAUUUUAUACGGGUUUAUAAAAGAGAGGGGGGGAGGGAGCGAGACAGACAGACAGACAGACAGACAGACAGACAGAGAAAGAAAGAGAGAUGGAGAGAGAGAGGGAGACAGUGGGAGAGAGAGAGAGUGAGAGAGAGAAGGAGCGUGAGAGAGAGAGAGAGAGAGGAGAGAGAGAGAGAGAGAGAGAGAGAGAGAGAGAGAGCGAGGCAAAGAAGAGAGAGAGAGAAUUAGAGAGAGAGCAAGGGAAAGAGAGCGAGAGAGAGUAAGAGAGAGAAGGAGCGUGAGAGAGAGAGAGAGAGAGAGAGAGAGAGAGAGAGAUAAUUAGAGAGAGAAAGAGGGAAAGAGAGAGUUCACCUGCAUUCCUUAGCCAGUCAUUGUGGAUAUUUACUCUGUGCUGCGGUAGCCAUGUCCUUUCCUUCACCUCCCCUCAGAGGGUUGCUAUGGCAACGAAGACAGCAGUGUUAGGGUGUCGCUUCAGAAUCACCUCCGCCAUCUCAGGGUAGCUUGACUGUCUUGCUUUCAUCCCCGUUAUAACAGCCCUAUAAUGUAGGAAGAGGACACUUUUUUUCAGGAGAACGACAAAAAGACGACUGUAUCCGCGUCCCAAAUGUCACCCUAUUCCCUAUUCAUUACAGGCCCUGUUCAAAACACAGUCAAUACAUCGUUUACUCCACCUAUUUCCUCAGAAUGUUUUUGCCUUUCUGCUGAAGGAGGGCAGUGAGAGGGAGAAAGAAAUGGAUAGAAAAAUAUCAUGUUUUUCUUUUCCUUUUAUAGAAUGUAUGGUUUUAUAGACUUCAAAGCUGUGCAGUUACCGUCCGGCUUCUCCAACCCAAGCCACUCUGAAUGGCUUCCAGCACAACUGGGUUUAGAUAAAUAGUGGAAUUCCACAUUGUUGUUGCGGGUUCGUUUACCUGUUAUUUGGACAGGGAGGUUGGUCUGUGCUGAGCAGGAAUCUGCCAUACAGGACUGCUCCUCAGGUAAGGGAGGAGAGGAGAGAGAGCUGAGAGGAGAGAGAGAAGGGAGGAGAGGAGAGAGGGAGGGGGAGAGUGAGAGCGAAGCUGAGAGGGAGAGAGAGAAGGGAGGAGUGGAGGAGAGAGGGAGGGGAGAAAAGGAGAAGUGGGAGAGAGGAGAGAAGAGCGAGGAGAGGAGGAGGAGAGGGAGGGAGGAAGGGUGAGGAGAGGGGAGACGAGGAGAGAGGAGAGCGGAGCGAGGAGAGAGGAGAGAGGAGAGAGAGGGAGAGAGGAGGAGGGGGAGAGGAGAGAGGAAGAGAGGAGAGGAGAGAGGGAGGGGAGAAAAGGAGAGUGGGGAGAGAGGAGAGAAGAGAGAGGAGAGGGGAGGGAAGGGAGGAGAGGAGAGAGGAGAGGAGGAGAGGGAAGGAGAGGAGAGGAGAGGAGAGGAGAGAAGGAAAGAGAGAAAGGAGGAAAGGAGAGGAGAGAGGGAAGAGUGUGAGAAGGAAGGGAAUGACAGAAUAGGAGGGAGCUGAACAGGAGAAAAUAAGGGACGAGGGAGGGAUGGGGAAAGAGGGAAUCUGGUAAAUUAGGCAGCUUAAUUUGAUCUGUUCUGUUUUCCGUCAAAAGACAAAAGAAACCAGAUACAAAAACCCAGUGUGUGAUCCAGUUAUUGCCAUGUCAACUGCCUCAUACUCCUACCUUCUGUUAGACUUCCAGCUAAUUACAGCCAACAGUUCUCCUGGCGUUCCCAACCAUAAUCCCACGCCUCUGUUUAGACUUCCAGCUAAUUACAGCCAACAGUUCUCCUGGCGUUCCCAACCAUAAUCCCACGCCUCUGUUUAGACUUCCAGCUAAUUACAGCCAACAGUUCUCCUGGCGUUCCCAACCAUAAUCCCAUGCCUCUGUUUAGACUUCCAGCUAAUUACAGCCAACAGUUCUCCUGGCGUUCCCAACAAUAAUCCCACGCCUCUGUUUAGACUUCCAGCUAAUUACAGCCAACAGUUCUCCUGGCGUUCCCAACCAUAAUCCCAUGCCUCUGUUUAGACUUCCAGCUAAUUACAGCCAACAGUUCUCCUGGCGUUCCCAACCAUAAUCCCAUGCCUCUGUUUAGACUUCCAGCUAAUUACAGCCAACAGUUCUCCUGGCGUUCCCAACCAUAAUCCCAUGCCUCUGUUUAGACUUCCAGCUAAUUACAGCCAACAGUUCUCCUGGCGUUCCCAACCAUAAUCCCAUGCCUCUGUUUAGACUUCCAGCUAAUUACAGCCAACAGUUCUCCUGGCGUUCCCAACCAUAAUCCCAUGCCUUUCUUAGACUUCCAGCUAAUUACAGCCAACAGUUAUCCUGGCUUCCCAACCAUAAUCCCAUGCCUCUGUGAGAUUUCAAACUAAUUACAGCCAACAGUUUUCCUGGUGGCGUUCCCAACUAUAAUCCCAUGCCUCUGUUUAGACUUCCAGCUAAUUACAGCCAACAGUUCUCCUGGCGUUCCCAACCAUAAUCCCAUGCGUCUGUUUAGACUUCCAGCUAAUUACAGCCAACAGUUCUCCUGGCGUUCCCAACCAUAAUCCCAUGCCUCUGUUUAGACUUCCAGCUAAUUACAGCCAACAGUUCUCCUGGCGUUCCCAACCAUAAUCCCAUGCCUCUGUUUAGACUUCCAGCUAAUUACAGCCAACAGUUCUCCUGGCGUUCCCAACCAUAAUCCCAUGCCUCUGUUUAGACUUCCAGCUAAUUACAGCCAACAGUUCUCCUGGCCGUUCCCAGCCAUGA